CGAUAAUCGAGUCCUAUUUCGUAAAAUAAAUUAAUUUAAGCAAUUCUGGCGUGAAACUCGAACCCAAAAACCUUUUAAAACCCAAGCGGGAAACGAAUCCGGAUAACAUUGCGUGGAAAAAUUAAGGUCUUGGACAAUGGAAGACAUCACGAAAAAUAUCAUUUUUACGACAAAUAAUCUGCAGGGCUUGCAAUAUCAGACGAUCCAAGCGGGCGAUGUGACGAUAAAACAGCCAAAAAUGGAAAAACAGGAAUUCCCGACCUUUUGUUAUGUCGCCAACAGCAAUAUGAUCCAGAAAAUUACGCCGACGUCGCAAAUGAGCAACGUUAGUACGGUAAAUCUGGCGCAAUUGACGACAGAUGACAACAAAACGGUGCAAUAUAUUGCACAACCACUCGGGUAUGCCAACUAUGCCGUACUGAAUCCGAUGCAACUGCAAAACGGCAUGAAUGCCAUCACGGUUGACGGGCGUCAGCUGAUCGUCAAUAAGCCCAUCACGAAUACCAUUUCCUUCAAAUGCGACAUUUGUAACAUGAUGUUUGCGCAUUUGACGCUCCUGAACCAUCACAAACGCUCGCAUCAUCAGCAAGAAUCCGAUUCCUCGACAAAUGACCAGCAGCAGCAGCAGCAACAACAAUCGCAGCAACAGCAGCAAAUCACAGUCGUCACUCAACCUCAAAUGCAAGGAAUUGUCCAGCAAGAUCUCCUCGGACAAAUUCAAAUUGUCGCCACGGAGUCUCUCGAACCAGCCCAAAACACGCAAACGAUGCACCAAAACGACAUUCAGAUCCAACCGAGCCCCCAAAUUACGAUUCAGAAGCAGGAAAAAACGUCGAAAUGCGUUUCGUGCGGUACCCAAGUCGCCCAAACGGGCAAACGAAAAGCCUCGAAGCAAGUCCGAUGCGAAAAUUGCAGCAACGAGAGCAAUGCGGCGUCGAAUCAGCGACAAACGCAAAUCUUUGUGGCGCCCGAUGGCGAUAUCAAGUUCGAAAUUAGCGAAAUUCAGGGAGAAAAUAGCAUGGAAGCACCCAUUCAGAUGACGCAGCAGCAGCAGCAAUCUCAUAACCAUAGUAACUCGCAUCACUCACAUACCUCGCCGGCGAAAUUGCCGGGCGGCGCGCAUCCUGUGAAGAAACGGAAUACGGGAACUGUCACGAAAUGCAAUAAGUGCAACGGGUCGGGAGUUAUUUUCAUCGGAGGUGCCAAAAAGACGCAGCAGCAGCAACAGAAUGAAAAACCAUUUUCGUGCAGCAUUUGUGGAGGAAGAUUCUCAAGGUACUCGAGUCUUUGGUCUCACAAAAAGCUACAUAGCGGUGAAAAGAACUACAAAUGCGGUGUUUGUGGCAUUGCCUUCGCCAAAGCAGUUUACCUGAAAAAUCAUACGAGAAUUCACACAGGAGAAAAACCGUACAAAUGCGGAACGUGUGGCAUGCAAUUCUCGCAAUCGCCUCAUCUGAAAAACCACGAACGUACUCACAGCGGAGAGAAACCCUACGUUUGUGAAGUUUGCGACAAAGGAUUUGCGAGACACGCGACCCUUUGGAAUCAUCGUCGGAUACACACAGGUGAGAAACCAUACAAGUGCGAUCGGUGUCAAUCGGCUUUCAGUCAAGCAGCUCACUUGAAGAAUCACGAGAAGCAGGUUCAUUCGGGCAUCAAACCGUUCAAGUGUGACAUUUGCUCGGCGGCGUUUGCGGAUCGAUUUGCCCUGAAGAGGCAUCGAAAUAUUCACGAAAAAUAUGGUCAAAUUCCAAACUCGAAUUCAUCAGCGAACAAAGAUGAAGUCUCACAAGAUGGUUCAAAAAUGCAAGAAAUUGUAAUGUAAACUAAAUACCUUUUACAGAUAAAUUACAAAAAAUUAAAAUUAUAUAUUUUCGAUAAAAAAAGGAUCAAUUAAUAUCUUUUAAUGGAGAUAAAAUAAAAAGAAAACUAAUGUAAAUAUUUAUUUAAG